GACUCUCUGUGGUCGGAGAGGGCGGUGUUCUUGGCUCCGGUAUUUCCUGGUCGUUCAGUCCCUUGAGCAAACAUCUCCUGCUUGGAUAGGCAGAGUUUCGGCUGAUACUGUACUCAAGUCAACAGUUGCAGUCAUGUCACUCUGAAGUAACAGUCGUUUACAGUGCACUGCUACGAGAUGAAGCGAGAUGAUCCUGUAUCGGAGAUCCUUUCUUUGAAAGGAUGGUUCAUCCAGGUAUCGGAGUCUUUGUCUGCGGCCCUCCUCCCCUCAGGCCAGGGACAAGACCAGGCUAGGGAGUCUCAGACAGUGUCUGCUGACCCAACACCCUCACCAGGAGACACCCAGGAGGUGUUUGAUCCCUCAGAGCUCCAGGAGGACUUAGGGUCCCAGACCUCCAGGGCUGUUGUGUCCUCAAUGGACCCCCAGCAGAGGCUACAUACCCUCCAGGCUCAGCUGGCUCUACGGGGCAUGAGUAGGCCUAGCAGCUCCUGUUCUGGGGCUGCCCCAUCUGCAGAGUGUCUGUCUAUCAUACCCGAGGAGAGUGAGGUGGUGGGGAGCAGGGUGAGCUGGGCAGCCUCACGGUACUCCAGUAAGGCUGGCACAGCAGUGAACAGUUACGGGGAUGGUGAGGAUCAGUCCAGCUCGUCGGAUAGUGAGGAGGAGGUAGUGAAGCAGUUUGAGAUCUCAGUGUCUCGCUCUCAGAGCUUCCGCUCUACAGGGACCACCGAGGUUGUAGCCCAGGCUGCACCGGGAAAACGCCACAAGUUCACCCGCCUACUCUCUGACCAGGAGGAGGGCAGCACAGAGCCCUCAGACUGCGAAGACGUGGACGGAGACCUGAGCAGGCUGAGUUACCAGAACCCCCUGUCAUACGGGGAUGAGAAGCGGGGCUCCCUGGGGUCCCAGGAAAUGGCUGAGGUGCUGGACGGCCCACCACGGGAGGGCUCGCUGGACACAGGGGGCAGCCCGGCCCCCAACAUGAGUCGCCAGGCCACCGAGGGGAGCGUUGAGAUGGAGACAGCCGUGGACAACCAGGGUGACGACAACAACGACCCUACAGAUAGCUCCUCCACAUGGAGCCCAGAGCAGGAGCAUCUUCCUGUAGAGGAGGUCCUCCCUUGCCCCCCCAGCUCCACCUCACGCCCCCCUAUCACCAAAUGCGGUGACCUCGAGAUCACCCUGGACUACAAGGCCGCCUCUCAGAAGCUGUUUGUUACCGUUGUGACCGCGCGGGACAUCCCAGACAAAGGGCGCAGUGGGAUGGACUCGUGGCAGGUGCAUGUGGUCCUGCUCCCGGCAAAGAAGCAACGCCAUAAGACCUCCGUCCAAAAGGGGUCCGUGCCCGAAUUCAACGAGACCUUCCGCUUUUCUCACCUGGAGCCUUCUGAGCUGGGCACCUCUGCCCUGCGCUUCCGGCUCUACGCCCUGGGGGGCCGGAUGUCCCGCGAGCGCAUGAUGGGGGAGAAGGUGGUCCGCCUUGAGGGGCUGAGCCCAGAGGGGGGAGAUAUGGACACCACGCUGGUGCUGGAGCCCCGCAGCAACAUGAAGAGUGUUGACUCUCAGGUCAGUCUAGCUGGGGUGUCCCAGAGUGACAGUGCGUCCUCCACCCAGUCUCUAACCCACGGGGGCGUCCCUGAGCUGCUGGUGGGCCUGUCCUACAACGCCACCACCGGGCGCCUCUCUGUGGAGCUCAUCAAGGGAAGCCACUUCCGCAACCUUGCCAUUAACAGGCCGCCCGACACCUAUGGGAAGCUGACUCUGCUCAACUCAGUGGGCCAGGAGAUCUCCAGGUGUAAGACAUCAGUGCGGCGGGGGCAGCCCAACCCCGUCUACAAGGAGACCUUUGUGUUCCAGGUUGCCCUGUUCCAGCUGUGUGACGUCACCCUCAUGGUGUCCAUCUACAGCCGCCGCAGCAUGAAGCGUAAGGAGAUGGUGGGCUGGCUCGCCCUGGGCCAGAACAGCAGCGGGGAGGAGGAGCAGCUGCACUGGCUGGACAUGAAGGAGUGUAAAGGCCAGCAGGUCUGUCGCUGGCACGUCCUCCUGGAAGCCUAGAAGCCAGGAUGGAGAGGAGAGGAUGGGAAGCAAAUCCCCACCACUUACCCAGUCACUUAGGGCCCAAUUCCGACUUCUUAUGCCUUUUUCUUACUCACCGCUUUCCUACGCACUUCUCAGUAGUUGGUAUUCAGACGUACCUUAUGAAGGUGGGAACAGGGAUUUGCAGGUGUGGUUCCCUUGCACGUGCUGAAUGAAUGUAAUUCAACCACUGAAACCUACACACUUCCUGGCCAACAGAUUUUCUUGUGGAGUUUUCAUUCAAUCGGGUUUUCUGUACAUUUAUCUUGAACCAUCCUUUUAAAUACCAUCCUUUCAAACCUUUAAGUUUGAAUUUUGUCCACAGACUCACUAGAAUAUAUAGUGAGAAUGGUUUCAGAAUAUUAGGGAUCAAUGAAAGAAAGCCAUCUAAAUAUGCAGCAUCUAAAUAUAUGCAUAUUAGUCUCUGUUUCAGCACCAAAUGGUAGAUUUAAAAAUACUCUGAUCUUGUAGAUUAUUUAGUGCUAGGAAAGUAUUUAUGAAUCAUAAAAAAACAGGUUUGGAGAGCCUUUAUGCACGAAAGAAAGAAAACGGUGGUUUGAUUCAUUCUUAAAAUUGUUAACCAGUGGUAAUGUUGGAAGAUUAGUGUACAUAUAAUUAUAAUAGGGAGAAUAUUGUACAAUCGUAGGCUAUACCCAUGUUUAUUGCCUGCACUAACCAUGGAACUGUGUGAUGACACGGCCAGGUAUUGCGCCAUGCGAUUUACGGCUUGGUCUGCGCCCUGCUCCGUAAUGAUUUAAUUAGCCCACAUAUAUAUUUUUAUAUUAUCAACUGUUACUGAUGAUCCUCAGCAACAACCACAUGGCCGUGGCAGCGUUUACAGAGGAAGCAAACGAAUGUAAACGAAACAAUGUAUUUAAAUGGAAUGAUAAUGUAGGCUAUAGCAAUUGAGGGAACCAACAGUAAAUUAGCAGGAGAAUGUGUGUUAUUAGGACUACUGACAGUCAAUGCUGAUGGUGUCUAAUAUUUAACAUGAUAGAAAUAGGAGACAGAGAAAGUUGAGGUAGCCUAUAAUUAAGACAUUCGAGAGUGCCCAUCCCUGCAAGUUAAAAGGCAGUACAGUUAAAAGUCUGCAUAAUGGCCCAGCAUUUCAUCAACUUUACAGUGGGAAAGUUGAUAUGUUGAUAUGCUUCAGUUUGCUACCAUAUGACUGGUUUCACAUUUGUCCCUCAGUGACUAUAAGGUAGAAUAUAUCUAAAACAAGUGUAGUUUAUAUUUACAAUUUCCUUACCCAAACAGUUUGCUCAUAUACCUAGCUCUUAUCAAUAGCUCUUAUCAAGAUGGAAAUUAAAGUGCAUGGAAAAUGGUGUUAUUUAUUUUGGAAAAAAUUAAGUAGAUGCUUUUUCCACUUGGAACCGGCAGGUUCGCUAGACCUUAUACAUAGUUUCCUUGCGCGCAAAAUUGAUUACAUUAUUAUAGGGAAUUAAGUCAAGGUCAGAAUAUCGCUUAUCAGUAGACACACAGAAUAUUGCGUAUCAGUAGACACACCUCAGCCACACCUUACUUUAGUCAAUCUCCACCCUGAACGAAUAGCAGGUGAAUAGCAUGCUAUUCUCAUGCUUAAUUUCAAGGUCAGAAUACGCAUAGAGAGACAAGUGCAUAAAAAGGGAAUUCCGUUCCAUUUACACACUCUUCACUCGGGUUGGAAUCGGGCCCCUAGUUACUAAACUGGUUGUUCCUGGUAAGUGGAGGGAGUUAUCCUGUCUCCAGUCCCCAGACAGACACCUGCUCUGUGUAGGCAGGAGAGCCUCAACACAACUACUGCGGCCCCAUCAUGACUACAAUCUGCAACCUACAGCUCCACACACCUGUUUACACCAUUGAUGAGCAAAAAAGGAUAUCACAUAGCAAAAAAAAAAAAAAAAAAAAGUGCUUCAAUUAUGCCGAUAUGGAUAUACAGAAAAGAUCAAUUGUUGCAUUUAUUCUAUGGGUUUUUAUAAGUUUAAAUUCAGAAAAGGUUAUUGAGUAUUGGUUUCAACUAUAGUUACAUUGUGUUGUCACAGACAGCGAGAAGUUUGGUUGGUCUUCUCUGUAUAGCCGCUAUGAAGAUGUCAAACAUUGUAUCAUACAAAAAUGAGUAUACUGUUAUGAUUGUCCAAGGACAGUGGUUUUUGAUGAAUUACUAUUGUACUUUAUUCAGCCACACUUCAAGGUGAAGAAAACAAAUAUUUUAGAAUGAUUUCUUCCUUUAUGAGGGAAAGGGAGACUGAAAUCUUUGUUCUUUUGUAUCAUUCCAAACAUACAUUUAAUCAUUUGGAUUUCAAAACUGUUUUGAUAGAUUUCUUCCUGCUUUCUACUUUUCUAGGUUUUGAAACUGUAUAGUUCAGGGUAAUUUCACAUUGAAUGAGCAUGCUUUCUGUCCUUUAUCACACGUGUUUGUAUCUCCAUCUACAACUUUUACUCCUCCUCUCCUACUGUAAGACAUGACCUGCUCUCAGACAAGCAACUGAAGGACUCUUUAUUACUCUUUAUAUUACUCUAUUUGACGAGAACAUCUGUCCACUCUGUCUGACAGAUUCAAUCUCUUCAUUUAGUGGCCCUUUCUUAGUGACUUCCCAGGGUAAAGUUCAUUUCAACUUCCAUCCAUGCUGAGCUGAAAAGAGGCUUUAAAUAUCCCAGUGCAUCUGUUAAUAAUAUCAUGCCAUGAAUGACCCUCCCAAGCAGUGUAUUAUUUGUCUCUGCUCAUUGGUAGUUUCAGUCCUUGGACCGUACAGUGUGAUGAUGAUGAUGAUGCUCAUGGCCAAGUCUGCCUCAGCUUCAUUAUAUCCUAUGGCAGUAGCUGCUUUUGGGUGAUUACACUUAUUACACACCCUAGGUCAAGGGAUUCUCACACCAAGGAGGAUAUUUUAGAGCAACUGUAUUCCUACUAAGCAUAUUUUGCCAAGCUCCUCUGGACAGCAGUUUUACUGGCAUUCUAGUCCACUGGUCUUCAACCUUAGUGUACCUACAGUUCAGUCGGUAUCUGGCUUGUGGACUCCUAUGGGGCCUGUCUGAUUAACUCUAUCUAAGCAGUCAUUGGUUGUUCAAUGAAGUACUGAGGUGGAAUGUAAAUCAGUAUUAUUCUCUGCCAUUUGAGUGAAUUAUCCAUGGUCCAUGACCUGUGGGGUGUUAUGGAGCAUUGAACCUGCAACCUUCACAACCACUCUGUUUUCCUGGAUAGACAAACAGAUGUAAUUAGGUCCCUUGCGUUGCAUAGGGGAAUCAUACUCUUAGUCAAAACACCAGGGUUCGACUCAAUUAGAGAGCUGUGCUACAUAUGAAAAUGUCCAUUUCCUCCAAUCAAACUAAUCACCCCUACAUCACAUAUGGAAUUCUUCCAAUGAGAAGAAUGGAUGGAGAAAUAUAUUUGAGCUUCCUUGGAACUGAGUGGCUGUCUUAGAAUUGCCCAGGUUGGUCAAACGUUUACAUUUGUAUCAAAGGUUAAAACCACUUUUUUUUCACUUUUAGCGAGAACAUUGACUUAGUAAGUAACUGAUUCAGGGAAGAGUAUAGCACUGCGUUUGAUGAUGAUCUUUUCAUUACAAGAUGACAAACUAUGGAUGCCACAGUUGGAGAGACUUUCCUCUGCUCUGUGAAAGAACUAACCUAACCUGAAAUGACUGGUAGAUGCAGUUCAUGUCAUGUUUAUAACACGGGUUUGUAUGGUUAAUGAUUUGACCAAUGAUUCCAGAAUGACCAUUACAUUGAUAAGAUGUUAUUUACUGUACCGGCUGAACCAAUUACGAUGUAUUGUAUGCAUGUCAAGAGUUGCUGUACAUGAUCCCUCUAUAUUUUUGACAUUUUAAAUGUUCAAGAUGCCCUCUGAAGUAUAUGUUACUACUACAGCAUGCUAGCUUUCAGCUUCCACACAGUGAGAUUCUAAUGAAGUGCCUGUAUCGUAAGGGUAAGAGUUGAUGCCUGUAUGGGGUGAAAUUGAUAGAUGCAUAAAAUAGAAAUACAUGCAUAAAAAUGAGCAUGAGUGUAUAGUCAACCAUGUUUAAUGUUCCUGUGAGAUGCAGCUGUAUGCACGGACUGUUGAUUUGUUCUCAUGCCUAUAUACACAGUGCCUGCACCAUGCAUGCAAAGAAUGACAAUGACAUAGAUAGUACUUUUGCACAUACUGGUCGUAUUAGUUUUGUUCUUGCUGAUAAAAUAAAGAUCCGUGUUGUA